AUGCACGCCGGACUGAGCGAAUUAACCGAAUUCGGACUGGGCGGGCGGUGGUCUCACUGCAAAGGGUCACGGCCGCGCCGGCAAAAGCCCCCCGCGCGGGCGGCGCGAGUCGGGCCUCGGGGUACCCAGCGCACGAGUCGCGCAGAACCGCGGCGGGGGCCGGGGUCCCAGCCGGCCGGUCGCCCCCGCGCCGUCCGCGCCCCGCCCGCGGCCCCUUCCCCGCCCGCGGCCCCUUCCCCGCCCGCCCGGUCGCGCGCGGCAUUGUGGGAGUUGUGGUCCUCGCGGCCCCGCGGAGCGCAGCGCGGCGUCGGCAUCGGCGGGGCAUCGGCUCGCCUCCCGCUCCGGCUCCCGCGACGUGGGCCGAGCAGCGGCGGGGCGGAGGCUCAGCGACGCGGGCAGGGGGCGUCCGCGCGUCCGCGCCCUCGGGCGGCAGAGUCGCCCCGGCCCCAGCAGCCACCCCCGCCGGCCGCGCGCCGGGCGCAGGUAAGCGGCGUCUCCAGGGGCGACAGGGCGGGAGGACUGCGCGGCCCGGCCAGCCUCGCGACACCGGGAGGAAGGAGGCGGUGGCCCGGCGGCUGCAGGCCGGCCGCUGGGGAUGCUGUGGGACGCCGGCGCCCGCCUGCGCCCCGCAUCCCGGCCGGGCCGAGGGGCCCUGGCGCCCGACGCUCGCUACGUGCUGAGCGCCUCCGCCACUGCUGUGCUAGCGGCCAGAGCCGGGCAUCAUCCUCCAUCUCCCCCGUGCCCCAUCGCGGUCCCCUCCCUCGUGUAAACUCCUCCCCGCCCCCAGCACCCGCCUCCCAGUGA